AAAGAGCGUGGUUAGUGGGACAGCUCUCCACGGCCCCAAGGCAUGGCUUUCUCACGGCGGCGCCACCUGUUGCAGCAUCAGUUCCAAUACCUCCGCUGCCUGAUUCCGACAAUCUCAAUCGUUUCCGCCACUCUCCUCAUCCUUCUUGCACUUCUCUCUUUUCUCGCUCCUGCUCCCGUCGAUAAUCUCUCCCUCGGCCGCCGCUACCUCAAUCGCGUAUCUUUCGAUGGUGGCAUUGAGGUUCACGGCUCUGCGAAUGCGAGUGGCGUUUUCCGUGUUCCAAUGGACGGAGGGAAUUUAGGCCAUGAUCUCUGGGGUUCAACGUUGUCAAGAUUCUACUAUGGAUGUAGUAAUGCCAGCAAUAAGUUUGCGACACCGGAUGUUAUCACAGAACCCAAUCGUUAUCUGCUGAUUGCAACCAGUGGAGGCUUAAAUCAACAAAGGACAGGGAAAAAACAUGGCAUGGUAUCAACUGUCCUAGUCUAUGUAAAAUAUUUGUGUAUUAUUUUUUGUAGAUUCUACAUGUUUCCCUUUUAAUUUAAGAAGCUUUAAGUCUUUAUGUAUUGAACAGUAUCACAAGUACCAUAGAAAUGAUUGGUAAUUUUUUA